AUGGCUAUUCCUACCGACAACCGCGAAUUUUACAAAAUAUUAAAUGAUGAUGAUUUACUGUCUCAAUUUGUUUGUGAUCAAAAUUUGGCUCAGAAAAGUGAAGAACAUACAUGCUACUGUGGCUCACCAAUGGUCGAUGGUACAAGAAAGAAGACGCUCAAAGAUGGUACUGUAAAGAUCUAUCCAACAAUGCGGUGUACUAAUAGACAAUGUCGUAAUCAAGUGUGUCAAGAGAAGCUGAAUGAUGCUCCGCAAAUGGGUGAUAUUGGUGAAGUUGUACAAAUAGAUGAAUCGUUAUUUCGUGGUAAGCGUAAGUAUAAUCGUGGCCCUUUAUUACAGGGGAAUAGUAACAAUGCAGUGGGAGCCGCCGCCAACAACAAUAACAAUCGUCUUGUACAAUAUAAGCCAUGCAGAAGAGAGAUAGUCUGUUCAUUUCUCUUUCUGCCGCACAAGGAAAGAGAAGGGUGAAUGAAUCGACAGCCAUCGGGUCUGAACUGCAGUGACAAGCGAUGACUUUUUAUGACUACAUGUAGCUAUUUGUGCGUGACAGCCGUGGUAUGGCCAUGGUGAGAGUGAAUCCUCGUGACAAACGAUGACUCCUAGUGACUAUCAGUGACUUUUAGUGAAUCAGUAGACCAUAAUGGUUCUAUCGAGUCCAUGAGCCCCACCAAAUCUGUGCUAAGUUUAUUUCAAGUAAGAGAUGUUACAUAAAAAUCUUGGCAACGUUUGUUUGCUAGUGCAGCACAACACUGAUUGAUAGAACGUUUUGUUGAACGAUUCGUGGCGAAAUACUGUUAAUAAUACUUUAAACAAUUUGAAUUCGUGAGUGACGUGUUCAACAUAGACUCGAUAUGAAGAGAGAGUAGCGUUGGAUAUACAUCGUUGAAAGUUAGUCACGUUCGCACCUCUAAGUUCAUUUCGUCGGAAGAGCGUCAGAAUCGGUGGUUUAUUCGCAAAAUCUCUAUCUCCAUUGGUGAAGGUUAACGGUGGUAUCGGUUUGUUUUGGGAAUUCAUCAAUUUGAAUACCCGGGAGUCGUGCCAUGAACCAGAAAAUCCAGCAGCAAAAAAGAUUAAUCGACGAUUAGUAUCAAUAACGUACAAAGAUAUCAGACAGUAAUACUUCUGCUUUCCAGAAUAGAAAUAUCGUUGUUGCUGUCCUACACAACACAAGAUCAAUUCAAUUAGAUGAUUGUUCUGACGGUUGAUCAUGGUGGCUAACUGGUAUUGCUGAACGGUCUAUUCUCUUUUCUGAAGAAGGGGUUUUACGGAGGCUAAAAAAGCUUAAGAGCGAGUAUCUGAGAAAAUGAGAAACACUUGGAGACUUCGAAUGAAACGAUGUCUCGAAUUUGGCUGAAAUUUUUAUAUUUCCUCGACUGUAGGGAGAGUCUUAUGGAAAAAAUAGUUUUUCUGUUUGUGUCAGGUCAAAAGUCAAGGGUCAAAGGAAGACAUGAGGUUUUGAGAGGAAGAGGUUGUAUGAAAGUAUUCCGUGAGAAUCAGAGGUCAAACUCAAAACAAGCAUCCUCUCGGUCCGGCGAGGAUCAUAUCUGAAUAAUCAAGGCGAGUUUUCUCGAUAAGCAAGCCGAGUUUAGGGGCCCGGGCGACGGCUACCUAGAGGUUUCCGAUGAUUUCCUCACAAAUGCGAUGGAAUACACCCCACUGGUUAUCAUCCGAGGGUUGAGGUUGAGGAUUAGGGGUGAGGUCGAGUUAGGAUGAGUGAAUAAAUCAAUGAGUGAGUGUAUGGUGGCGAGUGAGAGAGUGUGAAUGGGUAGAAGAGGAGCGCAAGGGAUAGGAGAGGCAAAUUGAGUAAGAGUAAGUGAGCUAGAGAGAAUCAGGAGGCAAGAAUAGAGGAAAGAGAAAAGGAGAUCGAUAGAGACUAAGAGAUUAUAGAGAAGUAGAGGAGGGAUGAGAGUAUCGAGGAAAAAAGAAAUUAGUUCCCUCGACUGUACGGAGGGUCUCAUCAAAAAAAAGUUUGUCGGUUUGUCUGUUUGUGUGUAUCAGGUCAAAAAAAACACAUAGGUGAACACAUUUUCUCUAGCGUAGUCCGUCGUUGAACUGUUGAACUAUGGCGACUCAAUGAACAGGUGAGGCAGUGAAGGACAGCGAGAGAGAAAAUGAGAGUAGAUGGAUGACGGCAGAGCGAGAGGAGACGUGAUUCAGGGAGACACAGGAUAGAUGGAAAGAGUGAUGGCCCAACGAGAGCGAAGGAACAGAGAACGGGAGAGAGAGGGAAAGACAGAGGGCAAGGAGAAAGAGGCAGUUGCAAGACCUGGGUUAUCGAUAAUUUCUUUUCGAUCGCGGUGACUCGCACCCCUCCAGUCAGCAUCUAAGGGUUGAGGGUGUUCGUUAGAGUAAGGUUCAAUCAGGGUGAGUGAAUAAAUCAGUGAGCGAGUGUACGGCAGCCAGUAAGAGUAUCUGGGUGGGUGGAGGAGGAGGGUAAGGGACAGCAGAGACAGAUCCAGCGACAGUAAGUGAGCGAGCGACGAUGAGGGAACAAGUGCACAGGAGAGAGAAGAGAAGAUCGACAGAGACUGACGAGGGAAGGCCACCGACUGAUCCCUCGCUUUUGAGCUUUGACUUAGUUGACAAGGGGUAAUCGAACAUGCUGAUUCCGAAUAUCAUAAUGGUUUUUGCCCGCUUUCACCUUAAAGCCCCGUUUUUCAAAGAUCUUGGUUUUUAGGCCGAAAAAUCAUUUGCACCAAAAAAAUUUUUUGAUCUGUCCAUAUGAAAGAGCACAUCGCAAAACCAACAAAAUACCUCUUUUCAAGGCUCUUUGUGAGGUUUUGAGCGAGUUUUUUAGGCCGAGAACUAAAAAAACAGCGAAAAACCGAUUUUUCUCUGUACACAUUUCCGUACAGAAAAUUCGUGUUUUUUUUCUUUUCGUUCUGUUUUUUAACUCAUCAAACGCAUUCAGUACUUGUUUGUGGCAUACUUGACACAAUCCAGCUUCGAUAGAUUGUGAUAGAAAAGAAAGCUAUGUCCGAAAUGUAGUGAAAAGAUAAUAUUCGAGGAAUGAAAGAUGAAUGAUUCAGUACACUGGGGAAACCGAUAGCAUAAUACGCUUGAGAAGAAUAGUUUCUAAAACUAUUUGUAAUAUUUAAUCUCACAUCGAAGUGUAAGUUGAAAAUAAAACAGUCAACGCGAAAUGCGGUACUGAAAUGUGAGAAGUAUCCGUUCAGUUAAACGAUCUCUUAUAAUUUCACGUGAAAAUAAAAUGAACGCACAGAAUAUCGUCUCAACUUUGA